AUGGCUGAUAUCUCUCGCGUGCACUCUCUUUCUCUGCAUCAGAGUGGUGCUCUCCGCCGAAGAUGUGGUCUGUCGGCUGUCACGCAAUGCUCUGGCACUCGUUCGUCGGCGCGUAUCGAGCCUGUCGUCGCCGCAUCGUCGGCCAUCACCAUCGUUACUGGUUACUGGAUUGAUGACACCGUUCAUCUGACCCAUUCCUGGAUGCCAUAA